ACAUUACUUGACGCGCCUCUUCUUGUUUCGUCACCGGUGAUGACGAGUCACGUAUGGCUAUGUGACACGUUGCAACGAGGAAAGCGUGUGUAACGUAUUUGAUUUAAUUCUAUAAACCAUAAAAAAGACAGUCAAAUGCUGUACUAAUAUUUUUUAAUUAGAAAAUCUUAUAUAUAAAAGGCAUCGAGCUUGGUUUAAGGGUCAGAGCAAAUCAUAAGCGAAAACAAAAAAACAAAAUUAAAAGGCAAAGGCUUAAUUUUGGACGGUGUUGUGCAGAAGAGGAGAAUGGCAGCAGAAGAGGGACAAGUAAUCGGUGUUCAUACUGUGGAUGCUUGGAAAGAUCAGAUCCAGAAGGGAAAUGAGUCCGGGAAAUUGAUUGUUGUUGAUUUUACUGCUUCUUGGUGCGGCCCAUGCCGUUUCAUUGCUCCAAUUCUAGCAGAGAUUGCUAAAAAGCUGCCGAAUGUCACCUUCCUUAAGGUUGACGUGGAUGAAUUGAAGACUGUUGCUGAGGAGUGGGGUGUUGAAGCUAUGCCAACAUUCUUGUUCUUGAAAGAAGGAAAACUAGUGGACAAGGUUGUGGGUGCUCAGAAGGAGAAGCUGCAAUCGACAAUAGCCAAGCAUGCUUGAAGGGUCAUAUAAAUAAAAUAUUGUCAUCUAUUUCGAGUCAGUUUGCAUUUUUUUCUAUUUGAGUCAGUUUGCCUGGUUUCAGUAUGGUUUUCAAUUUAGAAUUUGUAGGACAUGGGUGGAUAUGUGAAUCAUGAAACUAUCAAUAAGAUAAGCAACUAACUUGCAUUAGCAAGUACGUAAUAUUAAUGAAAAUGUUUCUUUGUGCUAUA